AUGUCCUCCGCGGCGCGUUCUCGCCUCCUGCUCUCGCAUCGCGUCACCACGAACAGUGUCCCGUCAACCAGCGACCAAACUGGAGCGCGCGUCCGGGUGAAUAAGAGAAUCCACGCUCAGCAACAACAGAAAAGCAAAGCAAACAAAAAGAAGAAUGAAAACUCGAGAUACGAGUUCCCGGGAAGCAUGCCCUCGGCGUUCCAGAAAGACGUCACGCGAGCGUUAGAACAAGCGAAAAGAGCGGAGAAAGUUUGGUCGUGCGAAAUCACCGACUUCUAUUCUCCUCCGUUGUGCGAUUGGAUCGAAGCCGCGGUGAAGAAAAACUUUGGAGAAGCGAUUGUGUGCAACAGGUUCGGAGGAUUUUCCGGGGCGGAACAGCAGAGGGUUCUGCUCGCGAGACGGGACAACAGCGAAGAACUGUUCGAGUUGGCGAAGAAAGAUGAGUUUUUCGCGAACGAAGAGGACGAAGGUGAAGUGGAUACGAACAACUGCGCGAUCGCGUGCGUGAACAUAAGCGGAAAGUUUGCGUUCGAUCCGGCGUCCCAUCCGGAUUUUUUAGGCGCGGUGCUCAACGCCGGCGUGAAACGCGAGAAGAUUGGAGACAUCUUGGUCAAUAAUUCUUCCGAGGGUGGAGCGAAAGUUUUGGCGACGCCUGCGAUUGCGGUUUUCUUGACGAGAGCGUUGGAAUCUGUGCGCACGGUUAAAGUGACCGUGGAGCUUUUUCCUCUUAGCGAAUUAGAAGGCGCCCAAGGCGCGCAGGUUCAAGAACCGGUAAGAACUUACGAAGCCUCGCUUCGGUUAGACGCCGUGGCAUCUGCUGGAUUUCGGUGUGCGAGAAGUAAGAUGGGUGAGGAUAUCGUAAAAGGAAACGUGAAGCUAAACUACAACGUGUGCGAAAAGAAGAACGCGACAGUUGGGCAAGGUGAUAUGAUUAGUUGCCGAGGAAGAGGAAGAGUAGAAGUGAAAGAAAUUUUGGAGCAGCAGAACGAUCGGUAUAGAAUUGAGUUGGUGCGAUACAAGUAG